CAAACUACAUAUACUGGAUGUCGGAUAGCACUGGCCUAUUUAUAUGUACUUUUACAUGAAGUUCUUAAACCCCUGCGUCUGAGGAAUUAUAGAUUUUGAUAAUGACUGUAUUUAUUAUAUUUACACUCAAACCCUACAUAGUUUUAGAUUUUGACAGAAAAGGUCUUCAGAUGUCUUAAUUAAACGAAUAAACAAAUUCAUACACGGCCAAAACUACAAGCUCGAUCACUGCACCGUGACUGUAUUGUACUUGUAUGAUGGGUCUAAAAUGUUGUCAGUUUCACAUAUUCAUACCGUGUCAUGGAGGUUGGGUUGCUUAUGCGGAUUGAUAUGGAGCGGUCCACAGCCAGAUCCUAGUGUUAAGUGUGUACUAAACAGUGAGGUGGUGUAUGCACAAGAUUGGUCUUUAUUUGAAUGCCUUCGGUGAUACGUGAUGUCAGGAGAACGGGAGCCACUACUGGGGCAUGCUGGGACAUUGUCUGGUCAUGGGUCGUUACGUAGGAGGUCACCAGGGUCGGAGAUAGAAGAGAUAGAACAGGAGUUUGAGGAGGAAGAUGUGCUCACUCUGCGACAGGUCUUCCAGCCGAACACAAUGAAGCAAUAUGUGAAACGCUGCUGUAAUGUGCAUGACGCAAAGAAUAAAUUCCCUAUUAUAAAAUGGCUACCGAAAUAUAGCCUGCAGGAUUUCCAGUGUGACCUGAUCAGUGGACUGACCGUAGCGCUUACCGUGUUACCUCAGGGCCUUGCAUACGCUGUCAUUGCCAACCUACCUCCUCAAUAUGGUCUGUACUCGGCAUUCAUGGGAUGUUUUGUGUACACACUCCUGGGUACAUCGAAGGACAUCACGCUGGGUCCUACGGCGAUCAUGUCCCUAAUGACUGCUGCCUUUGCCUCCUCCCCGAUACCUAACGACCCAACAUACGCUCUCAUACUCACACUUGUUUGUGGGGUCGUGCAAUUUUUAAUGGGUGUACUACAUUUAGGAAUUAUGGUGAACUUCAUAUCGUAUCCGGUUAUCAACGCCUUUACCUCAGCGGCAGCCAUCACAAUUGCCUUUGGUCAGGUAAAAGGCAUUCUGGGUCUCCAUGACAUUCCGCGCGAGUUCCUUCACAUGGUAUAUGAGACCUGCAAGAAAAUUCCCGAAACCAGGGUCUGGGACCUGACGAUGGGAUUGUCUGCCAUUGUUGUACUGCUGCUUAUGAAGCAACUCCGUAAGAUAAAAUGGCGCCAGCCAGGACCAAAUGAACGAAUUCCAAUGAUUGUUUUAGUCUUCCGCAAGUUCAUUUGGCUUUCUAGUAUAGCCGCCAAUGCAAUAAUUGUGAUAACGUGCAGUGGUAUUGCUGCAAUAUUGGAGAAAUAUGGUCAUGGAGACGCCCUGUCCGUCACCGGCCAUGUGAAGGCUGGAUUACCUCCCUUUAAGCCUCCAAAUUUUAGUCUCCAAAAUGGCAACACAACCAUCACAACUGGACAAAUCUUUGGUGACAUCGGAGCUGGCCUCAUUGUGGUGCCUAUUCUUGGACUAGUGGAAUCCAUCGCUAUCGGCAAGGCUUUUGCCCGUCAGAAUAACUACAAAAUUCUGCCAAACCAGGAACUCCUUGCUAUUGGUGCUGCCAACAUCAUGAGCUCAUUUGUGUCUGCAUAUCCUGUCACCGGCAGCUUCUCCAGGACUGCAGUUAAUUCCCAGAGCGGAGUGCGAACACCAAUGGCAGGAGUGUGGACAGGGGGCAUAAUUAUCCUGGCACUGGCCUUUUUAACUCCCCUGUUUGAAUAUGUCCCAAAGUCCGCCCUCUCAGCUGUUAUCAUUUCUGCAGUCAUACAGAUGGUCGAUUAUGAGAUUGUCAUGAAAUUCUGGAAAAUAGAAAAACUGGCUCUCAUUCCCUGGGCAGUGACAUUUCUGACCUCCUUUGGCCUCGGUAUUGAGUAUGGAAUUCUGAUUGGUAUUGGAGUCCAUCUGCUUAUUCUGCUGUACCCUGUCGCUAGACCAAGGAUCACCUUUACAAAAGCAUACAGAAGUUUUCCACUGAGUAUGGUGUCUGUAAAUUCUUCGGCACUUGCAAGACGUGUGCAAGGCUUUGACCGGGUGCAGUACCUGGACUAUGUGGUAAUCACGUUCAACCAGUCUAUACGUUAUCCUUCUGUUGAGUACCUACAGAACAAGGUCACACAGUACAUGUACAAAAAUGAGGAUGAGGGAGUUCCACUGUCUGUGAUCCUUGACUGUCAACAUCUCACGUCCGGUCUGGACUACACAACCAUCAUGGGCCUUAUAGAAAUAAUAGCAGACUUCAAGAGAAAAGAUGUCCACUUUUCAAUGGCAGGAGUGAAGAAAUCCAUCAUCAAAGAGCUUAACAAUGCUGAUGUGAAGGACAUCAUAUAUGGCGACUCCAUAGAGGACUCCAUCAGGAAAAUCAAGGUUAUAUGAGUCAGCAGCCCAUAUCAUAUAUUUGUGGCCAGGCUGGACCUCGCCAAAAACAUAAGUUUGAACACUUCUAUUACAAUAACAAAUACCUUUGCCGGGUCAGGGCAUGCGAUUUAUUGCUUGAUACAGCGUGAGCAGUUCACUGGUAUAGCAAAUACAACAUCGUUACAGCAAUACACAAGAUCAAGUCAAAUCGUUUUUUACGAAAUAUUUGCUUUCAUAUGUAGCAUUCUGUUAAACUAAAACUAUGUGCAAGAUAUCAUGGGUCAGAUUAAAAACCAGAGAUAAACUUCGCCCCAACAAUAGAGUGUAAAAUACUGUUCCCAUUAUUUCUCCCACCUCAGAUAAGUAGAUCCAAAAAUUUGACCAUGCUAGAAAUUCUUUUCUCUCACUUCAGAUACUAGUAAGUAAAUCCAAACAUUUAACCGUCACAUUGUAAUUACCUCCCUUGUUGAAGACUGUCGUCUGAAGCAUCAUAGAAGCCUUGUCUUGUGACAAUAUUUAGAAUGCUUAUUAAUUAUUUCUGGCUUCUAAUGUCACCAUAAAAAAGUUUGCACACACCUUUCCAUAAAUAAUGCUUCUCUCUUCUCAGAACUAUUUAAAGACCGAUUUGCCCAUUAACAUAAUCUUAAUCACUGCUAGUAUAUCCAUGACAACCACGAAUGAUCACAUAUCCAUAUGCAUUUAUUUCACUACGCAGAAAGAGUUCCAGCAAAAAAUAUGUUUUUACUGAAUUUUGUUUAACUGAUUGGGAGAAAAAGCAUCUACCAUAGCCGCUCGUGUAAGAUAGGUUCAUCCCAACCCUUGCGCAGGGUGUUUUGCGGAAUCUCGGUAAACCUCGUUUGUGCAAAACAGCUUAAGCUCGGGUCGGGAUGAACCUAUCUAACACUCUCGGUCAUGGAAGAUACUUAUAAUCUUGCCCACGGGCAAAAAUAAAACAAGUACCCAUAUGGAACUCCUUUUUAUUGUCAUCACACAAUUACCUCCUUUGUUGAAGACCGUCGUCUGUCAGCAUCAUGGAAACCUUGUCUUGUGGCAACAUUUAGAAUCCUUAUCAAUUAUUUCUUGCUUCAAAUGACACCAUAAAGAAGUUUUCACGCUCCAUUCAAGAAAUUAUGCUACAUUCUACUCAGAACUAUUUCAAGAACGAUUUGACUAUUAACAUAAUCUGAAUCACUGCGUGCAUAAUAUACUUAACAUACCACAUACAAUAUGCGAAUAUAAUUAUGUCAUGCUUUAUGACAACAUUACAUCUGUACAUUUCUCUUACAAAAUCAUAUCUAGUUGUAAAACAACAAUACUUGGGCCUGAAAAGUUGACCGCUGUCGAUCGUAGCACUAAUCGUCACGAACAUUAUCCCGCCUAAACCGCCAACCAAUAGUGAUUGGUCACCUGACUUUUACGCCCGAUUUAACCACUAAUAUUUGCGCGCCAAAAUGUUAAGACAAAAGUUCUGCACUAUACUACGUAGCGCGCAGAACUAGUAAUUACUUGCAUGUACUGCUGACAUUAUAAAGCUGUUGAGUAUGCUUUGCCAUUUUUACACCGGCCAAAAAUUGUCUAAAGUGAACAGUAUUUGCUUUGUUGAAUGAAACACAUCAACACGCUUUAGAAUAUAACAAAUGAUAUUGGUUAUAUAAAAUAUUUGGUAUAAUAUAAGGAUCAUAACACACCACUUUGGGUCAUAUGACAUAAUAAGGAUUGGCCAGUCAGCCCAGAAAGGUGAAUAGACAUCGGCUAACAACUCGGUCCUCCAUAUACACUUUCGGUUGCUGACUGACUGGUCCUUAUAAUGUCAUAUGGCACUCAGUGGUGUGUAAUAUUUCUUAAGUAGAUUUUAUAGAGAAGCAUUGUUUGUUUCAGUGUAAGAUAGCAAUACAUUUCACCGAAUGAUCACCAAAAUCUAUAUUUCAUGAUAGGCUCUGCCACAAAUGAAAUAUUUAUUUUUGGUGUUCAUGAGAUGAGCUAUAUCGCAAACUUACAACAAUUUUUUUUCGCUUGCUUUCAUGCUUAUCAUUAAUGUAAAAAUAGUAUUAAUUGAUAAUUAAUUGGAAAAUCGUAUCAGAUUUAUCUAAAUGACAUCAUUCUGGAAAUGAUAUCUAAAAUUAGAGGAACAGAAAACAUUUGAAAAUUCAUUGAGUAACAAGUUAUGAAGAAAUAAUUAUGUUAAUUUUAAAUAAAUAACGGAAAGCCUGAACUGAACAGUACAUUCCAUUCAUGAAAUAUAAAUAACUUUGAUACGUUAAGUACAGCAGUUAAGUAUUAUGAUGAGUUGUCGAGUUAAAACACAGUCUUUAGAACCUUCAGAUCUUAAGCAUAUCUUUAUGUUCGUGUGUUAGUAGACAACUUAAAACAUUUCUUCAAAGGUUCAUAAUUUCAUAGUAACAGGAUGUGUUUCACUUACACUUGUUAUGUACCCA